GUUUUUGGGCGACGUCACAUCUAGGAAAGUACACAAUCCUGUGAAGGUGCAGUGGUCGGACACAAGAAGAUCAUCUUCAUUUUUCUGAAAAAACGGCCGCUGACUCUUUUAUGAAAUAUCAAUGUUACGUAAUAAUUAGUUUAGAUUAGAUUAUUACACCAAGAUUUCGCUAAUAACCAGCUACAUUCGUAAUUUUCAAGCGAAUAGCCAGUAGCGUUAGCUGGCUGUCCAUCGAGCUAACCGUGCUAUCUAGCUAACUAUGUUUACUUUCGUCUUUGUUGAUCAGUCACGGGUACAACCCUGCAAGGCAAAUAUGAGGGAUUGUAAAGUUUAAACGUCUCUUCAUAUUGCCCAUUGAUACAUUUUGUGUACGGACAUCUGACAGGGGAGCUAAAUUAAUAGCUAACGUUAGUUAGCAACACUAACGAAGGUAAGGCAAACUUGAGAGUUGUUUAGCUAAAUAGCGAACGAUAGCUAGCACUAGCUGUAAACAGUAGCUAUCAAGCUAACAUAGCUAGUAAAUGCUUGAUUUACCGCGUUAUGUGGCUAGUUAGAAAUGUUGACAAUUUGCAUAGCCAAAUAUAACAUUAAUCUUCCAUGUUAUUGACGUUACAGCAAUGGAUAAACCUCCUUUCAGACAAAACCAAAACUGCGGAAACUGGGAAUUGAAAGAGAGAUUGGGCAUGGGCAGUUUUGCCCAUGUCUACCUGUAUCAACAUCAUGUAAGUAUUUAACUAGUUAAUAGCAACAUUUUUAUAAGUAACCCCUAGUACUCUAAACUGUUCCUGAUUCCAGACUUGAAUCAAGGUAGCUCAACAUCCUGCCAAAUCAGUGUUGGACUUGGAUAUAUGUUUACAUGUAGGUGAAAGGAUGUCAACCACUUCCUAGAUGUGAACAGUAAGCUUGACUGGGUGACAGAUAUCACAGGUCAGAUUUGCCAGAAGAUACCGACCCUACUGUUACACUUGUUUACACUGAGCUGCACUGGGGUGGGAAUGCAAUCAUGAUACAUUAACACACCGUGGAGCCGGGGUCAGAUAUGGGUCGGAAAACGCACCCCAAUGCAGGGAUGGGAUAUGCCACUGUUUUCCAAAUUACUCCUUUAUCCACAAUGCUUCAUCGAGAAUGAUGGAAUACUGCUAGUUUUCCUGAAAAACUGCCCUUUUUGUCCUCAUGCUAAUUUGCAGUAGACACAGCAGCCAUUAUGGAAUUGCACAUCACGUUGAACAACAAAGGAGCUGAUUGGCUAACACUGCCAUUCCAAAAUGGCUGCAGUGGCUACUACUAGCUAAUAGGGCUGGGACGAUACUGUAUCGCGAUACUCGUUUGUAUCGUGGUAUGGAAACACAACACAAGCGGAUUUAACUUCUUUAGUAAAACAGGCUUAAUGUUGGAAACAAACACAAUUAUGUUGUCAGCCAGAGUCAAAUGUAUUUAUUUUCCAAGCUAAGCACACUAUUUUUUAAAGGACCAAUAGAGUUUGGUCUGCUUCGUGUUCAAAUGUUUGGCAUUGAAAAAAUAUUGCGAUACUGGUAUCGUCCUGGCCCUACUAGCUAGCAUGAAAAUGGCAGUUUUCCGGGAAAACUAGCAGUAUUUAAGUCUUCUAGAUGGAGCAGUGUGAAUAAAGGUACAAUUUGGAGUACAGUGGCACAUCCCAUCGCUGCAUUGAUGUACAUUUUCCGACCCAUAUCUCGCGCCUGCUCCACGGAGCAGCUCAUUGUAAACAAGUGUAACGGUAAGGUCGGUAUCUUCUGGCAAAGGUCAAAUGGCCACCACUUGAGAGAAACACCCUGUAGCUUAAAAAUACCUUACUGUUUUGUAUUCUUAUCGCUGUGAAUUCAUAAGUGCACAUCUGUUGAGUUGACCAGCCGUUCUACAGGUUCAAUCAAGAUAAUAGAUGAGACUUUACUGUUUUUUUCCUUGUUUCUAAGGACACAUCAGAAAAAAUUGCGGUGAAAAUGUGUCGCCUGGAGUUGACCGCAAGAAAUAAAGACAGAUGGAGCAGAGAGAUCCAGAUCAUGAAAAAGUUUGUCUUCAUCGUAUUAUCCUAUGUACAUCAUUGAAUGCCACACACAUUUGAACUGGGUGACUUCUACUUUUUCAAUGAUUGAAAUAUUGGCAUUUGCUUCUUGUAUGUAUCAAGUGCAACGUUUUUCUUGUCUAUUCAGGUUGAAUAAUCUCAAUGUAGUGACAGCGAGAGACGUGCCAGAGGAGAUGAAGCACAUUGCCUUAAACGACCUUCCACUGCUGGCCAUGGAGUACUGCUCCAAGGGAGACCUCAGAAAGGUGGAGCAGCUGAAGAUUAAUAUUUUAUUGUCCAUUUUCCUUACAGUCGACAAUUCUCUUUUUAUUUGCUAUAAACCCCCUUGACAUAUACACAGUCCUGAGUGGAGUCAGCCACGUUGCAGUGCCCCUGGAGCAGUUAGGGGUUAAAUGCCUCACAGAAGGGCACAGUGACAAACAAUUGUUCUGUCAUGAGGUCUGAAGUAUAGCAUUCUUCAUGUUAGCAGGCAUUUGUCCAACAAUGUGUUUAUGGUUGAAUUUGACAGAUGCUGAGCAAGCCUGAAAAUUGCUGUGGACUGAAAGAAAGUGAAGUACUUUCCCUGCUCAAUGAUGUUGGUAUGUACUGUACCAUACCAUUGUAUUGCUUAUAAUUGUAUCAAUUGUGGGUCUGCAUAGAACUGAUUUCUGAAUGGUCUUUAUAUAACAGGUUCAGGCAUCCAGUAUUUGCAUGAAAACAAGAUCAUACACAGAGACCUUAAACCAGAAAACGUAGUGCUGCAGGAUGUCAAUGGAAAGGUAACCCAAUAUGUAUGGGCCAGCACACACACUGUCAUCAUGCUCUGUUUAUAACUGUCUACAUUUUUGUGCAAUUGGUGUGCUAAGGUGUGACAUUGUCUAUUGUUUGUUAUUUUUAAACACUACUGUUCAUCUUGCAAUGUUAAUAUGUCUAAAUGUUUUCCUUGUUCAGUUGGUUCACAAAAUCAUAGACUUGGGCUAUGCCAAAGACUUGGACCAGGGGAGUCUGUGCACCUCAUUUGUGGGAACACUGCAAUACCUGGUGAGCAUAUUAUCCAUCCUGCAAGCACUCUUAGAUUCCUGUUGAUUCAACGCUACGUCAUUGUCUUUGUUUGUUAGUCACGAUUGAUUAAAACCGGACUUACAAAUUGAUACUUACAUAUCUUUUCCCCAGGCCCCUGAGCUAUUUGAGAAUAAGCCUUACACUGUCACAGUGGACUACUGGAGUUUUGGCACAAUGAUAUUUGAAUGCAGUUGUGGGAUCCGGCCUUUUCUGCACAAUCUUCAGCCUGUCCAAUGGUAGUUGUCCCUCUGCAUUUGAGUUACAUUAACACGGUUUUCAAGUGCUAGUUUUAAUUCUAAGUGAUCCUCCAAUGGGCACUAGGAGGUAACCAUCCUAAAUGCCUUUUUCAAUGUUAUUCCUCAGGGCCAGCAAAGUGCGGAACAAAGGUCCCAAAGACAUCAUGGCUGUGGAGGAAUUGAAUGGGGAAGUCAGAUUCUCCACACAUCUACCAUACCCCAACAAUCUGAGCAGGUCAGACACCAUCACAUACUCUAUUCUAAUGUCAUUAUUACAGUGCCUUCAGAAAGUAUUCAUACCCCUUGACUUAUUCUACAUUUUGUUGUUAUACCCCAUAAUGACAGUGAAAACAUGUUUUUAGAAAUUUAAGGAAAUGUAUUGAAAAUGAAAUGCAGAAAUCACAUUUACAUAAGCAUUUUCUAUGACACUCCAAAUUGAGCUCAAGUCCAUCCAAUUUCCUUUGAUCAUCCUUGAGAUGUCACUACAACUUGAUUGGAGUCCACCUUUGGCCAAUUCAAUUGUUUGGCCAUGUUUUAGAAAUAAACACACGUGAAGUAUAAGGUCCCAUAGUUGAUAGUGCAUGUCAGAACAGAAACUAUACCAUGAAGUCCAAGGAACUGUCGUUGAGCUCCGAGAUAGAAUUGUGAUGAGGCAUAUAUCUGGGGAAGGGUAUAAAACCAUUUCGAGUGUUGAAAGGUUCCAAGAGAACAGUGAGCUCCAUCAUUGGGAAAUUGAACAAAUAUUGUUCUACCCAGACGCUGGCUGUCCGACCAAACUGAGGAACCGGGCAAGAAGGACCUUGGUCAGGGAGGUGACCAAGAACACAAUGACCACUCAGAACUACAGCGUUCAGAAGGACAACAGUCUCUACGGCACUUCGCCAAUCUGGGCCUUAUGGGAUAGUGGCCAGACAGAAGCUACUCCUGAGAAAAAGGCACAUGACCGCAUGCCUGGAGUUUACAAAAAGGCACGUGAAAACAUAAGGCAAAAGAUUGUGGUCUGAUGAUAAUUAUUUUUACCUCUUUGGCCUGAAACCAGGUACAGCUCAUCACCCAUCUAACACCAUCCUUACAGUGAAGCAUGGUGGUGGCAGCAUCAUACUUUGGGGAUGCUUGUCAGCGGCAGGGACUGGGAGACUGGUAAGGAUAAGAGGAUACAAUGAAUGGAGCCAAAUACAGGCAAAUCCUUGAUGAGAACCAGCGUGCAAACGACCUUAGACUGGGGUGAAGAUUUACUUUUCAACAGGACAAUGACCCCAAGCAUACAGCCAAAGCAAUGCUAGAAUGGCUUCAGAACAAGAAUGUGAAAACCUUUGAGUGGCCCAGCCAAAGCCCAGACAUGAAUCUAUCUAUGGAAAGACUUGAAGAUUGCUGUUCACCUCUGCUCCCCAUCUAACUUAACAGCGCUUGAGAAAAUCUGCAAGGAAGAAUGGGAGAAAAUCCCAAAAUCCAGAUAUGCAAAACUGAUACAUACAUACCCAAGAUGACUCAAAUCUGUAAUCGCUGCCAAAGUUUCUACAAAGUAUUGACUCGGGUGUGAAUGCUUAUGUAAAUUAGAUUUCUGUAUUUCCUUUUCAAUACAUUUGCGACAAUUUCUAAAAACAUGUUUUCACUUUGCCAUUAUGGGGUAUUGUGUGUAGAUGGGUGAGGAUCUUUUUUCACAAUUUGAAUUCAGGCUGUAACACAACAAUGUGGAAUAAGUCAAAGGGUAUGAAUACUUUCUGAAGGCACUGUAACCAGCUGUCCUAUCCUGUCUAUGUAUAGCAGGGGUGCCCAGCUCUGGACCUCGAGGGAUGAGAAUGCUGGUUUUCAUUAUCUUUUAGCCACAGACUGUUCAGUAGGGUACCAAGUAACAGAACAUUGAGAUAAAAAACAAUUAUAUUGUGGAGAACAAAUAUGAUUGUCAAGUAGAACAGUGAAUCGUGUCAGCUCAAUUUAUGGCCACAUUCUGAACGUUUCACCUCAUUGAGUAGCAUAAGUCGAUAACCAAGACUGUAACUCGAGGGAAACGACCAUGACCUGUAUAGAUUGAAUUUGUUUCCCCUCCAUCGGGGGGAUGUUAAUUUGCAUUACACUCGUUCAGGACACUGCUGGAGCCCAUGGAGAUGCUGCUGCAGCUAAUGCUGAAAUGGGACCCUGUCCAGAGGGGAGGCAAGACCAACGCUGACAGCAAGAAACCCCUGUGCUUUGAAGUGCUGGAACAGAUAUUAUGCAUGAAGGUUAGUACUGUAACGUAUCAUACUGUAUCUCUUGAGCUAACAAUAGUCUUUUCAAAUUUCUCUGUCAAGGCUGGGCUCUUUUAUUUGAUUGUCUCAUGGACAAGAUUCAAUGAACGCUUAAUUUCCCCAUAGUGUGUCAAUGUGCACAUAACAUACUUUUUAAGCAAAAUGUUAAGUUUGCCUGUUAGUGCUUGAUAUUUUGGAUUGACUCAGUCUGCUAGCCAAUCGGCUUCCUUUAUUUUACACAUAUCAUUUCUCCCAUUGGCAGGUUGUCCACAUCCUGAACAUGACCACGGCCCAGGUCCACUCCUUCCAGCUGGCCCCAGAUGAGAGCCUCCAUAGCCUGCAGCGCCGCAUCGAGACGGAGACCAAGAUUGAGUUGGUCAACCAGGAGCUGCUGCAGGAGACGGGGGUGUCGCUGGACCCCAGGAAGCCUGCAGCCCAGUGUGUCCUCGACGGGGUGGUAAAGACUUUGGUUCCACUUUGCUACUUCGUGUGUUGUCAUUUGUUAGAAUGUAGUUUUGAUACAACACACUGGAAAUCUUACUCGCCUGUUUAGCAUGAACAUCUUUAGCAAUUGACCCCCAUGUAAAGUGCUUGUUUUUUUGUGUGUUGUGCAGCGUGGCUGGGACAGUUACAUAAUCUAUUUGUUUGACAAGAGCCUCACCAAGUACUCUGGUCCCUUCAGUGCUAGACAGCUGCCUGAUAAAGUCAACACUAUUGGUGAGUACUGCCUUCUCUGCCUGCUGAUAAAUAUUUAGAUGGAAAUACAUGGCUCAUGCAAUUAAAUAGCGGUAGGGUGUUUUUAUUCUUGGAUGGCAAAAACAGAAUUGAGCAUUCAGUUAAACUCGUGCUCCUUCCAUGGUUUGGUUCAAAGAUGUCUUCAGUCAUAUGUUCUUCCAUCAUAUGUACCAAGCCUUAUGUAGGAGAUUGUCGUCCUUUUUCCCAGUGCGGGAGGCUAAGUCCCAGCUGCCCCUGGUGGUGCUGAAGAAGGUGUGGGGCGAGGCGGUGAGCUACAUCUGUGGACUGAAGGACGACUACAGCAGACUGUUCCAGGGCCAGAGGGCUGCCAUGUGAGUAAGCCUGCUUUACUAGACACAAAAUCAUCUGAAGUGAAGUAAAAGGAAGCAAGAUUCUUUCUUUUGAAUGUGGUAAUGUCUCAAACUGGAAUGGCUGAAAUAAGUUUCCAGACUUGCUUUGGAAGAAUCAGCUCUUUGCUUUUUCAUCUAUGGCGUGUGUGGUCUUGUUAUCUUGAUGUACCGUAUUGGUCCGAAUAUAAGACGACCCUGAUUAUAAGACGACCCCCCGUUUUUCAACACAAACAUUUAGAAAAACAGAUUUGCAGACUAGAUUUGCCGAACAAAGAACUUCAUUUUAUUUUAAAAUAACAAUAUUAAAAACACAGUGAAUUAAACACAAAGGCAAACUAUGUACAGUAUGAUUCAAAAUUAAUAUCAAGCAAUAAUAAAGCAACAUCUCCCUUUCUAUUGACAGUCACCGAUGUUGGCAUGUCGAAAUAAACGGGUGUCUGAUCAGCAUUGCCGAUCUGAUCCAGCGGGUAGGAGUGCUUCUUCCUCAGGUUGAUAACAAAGCGCUGAAACGAAAGCAGCUUCUCUCCGAAGUCUGACGGCAGGCGUUGGGCCAAACUCGUUCUCCGUCUAAGUGACAGUCCAUUACGCCGCAUCAUCCUACGACACCAGCCGAGGCUGGCUUUAAAUCCAGUGAUGUUGAGCUCUCUGGCGAUUUCCAGGGCCUUAACCUGGAUGACAGCUCUGGUAAUGGGCAUUCCCUCACUUCUUUUUUCCCUGACAUAUUCAAAAACCCUCCGGUCAACCUCAAUGAAACGACCACUUUGAGGACCACGGAAGGAUUUUCGCUGACUGUUAGCAUCUUUUAGACGUUGUUUUUCUGCUCGCCAUCUUCUUACAUUACACUCAGUGACCCCGAAUGUCUUGGCAGCUUGGCAGUUGUUAGAUGACUCUGCCUUAUUGACAACCAUUAUUUUGAAAUUGGCAUCAUAGCUCCUCCGCUGUUGUUUAUUGACCUGGCCCACUUUUGAGCCACUUGUCUCUAAAUGGUCAGCCUGUCUUUCCAUCUUUAAACACCGGUAACGGGCUGGUUGUUAAGGACGCCUCUUCCCUCCGUCCGGAACGAAUUUUUGGCGCCAUCUGUGCCCGCGAAUGUGUAUUGACAUUUAAAGGGAGCGCCGAAGAAGAUAAACUGCGCUCUGAAUACUAGACCCCGAAUAUAAGACGACCCGACUUUUUUGGACCUAUUUCGAGGGGAAAAAAGGCCGUCUUAUAUUCGGACCAAUACGGUACAUUUUUAGUUUUUUAACAGACAAAGUCAUUAUAUUCUGUGUGUUUGUCCAGGCUGAGCCUCCUGCGCUACAACACCAACCUGACCCGGUGCAAGAACGGCAUGUUUGCCUUCUCCCAGCAGCUGAAGGCCAAGCUGGACUUCUUCAAGAGCAGCAUCCAGUACGACUUGGAGAAGUACAGCGACCAGAUGCACUAUGGGAUCUGUGAGUGUUGGCUGGCUUAUGAUUGGUAGUGCCAGGAAUAGUCACCCACAUGGCCUUCAGCUGAAAUGGUACCCUAUUCCUUUAUAUAGAGCACUGCUUUUAACCAGGGCGCAAAGUAGGGAAUAGUGCCAUUUUAGAAUCAACCAUGCUUUUGUAUUAUGAAAAGAUAGUGUUGGUUAUUUUCAGGAGAUUUGGUUGUUUCUCUCCCACAGCCUCAGAGAAGAUGCUGAAAGCGUGGCAGGAGAAUGAGGAGAAGGCGGCUGCGUAUGCACAGGUACUGGCUGGGAUGGGGACACAUCUAGGAACCUUGUUGCAUGCAUUACAGGUGCAUCAAAUGGCGUGAAGUAGAAGUUAACCACAAAUCUUGGAUCAGAUUACCCCACCAAUCCUAAUCAUCGGGGUAUCCCUACCUACUCAUAUGUUAUGUCCACUAGGUGGCAGAGGUGAGCCACCUGGACGAGGAAAUCAUGUCGUUACACUCGGAGAUCGUGGAGCUGCAAAGGAGUCCCUACGCUCGUCGCCAAGGAGACGUCAUGGAGCAGCUGUGAGUGUUCUACACUAGGCAGGAAUGACAGGCUGUCUGUCUCUACUGAAUUAAACACAUCAAGGGUCUAGGAAGUGCCAGGAAGUUGUGGAAGUAGAUGGAGCCUCAUUGAAAUGUUUGGCUUCUGAUUUGGCUAGUAGCUGACCUGAUGUUGUUUUUCAUUUGCAUUGCCAGUCAUAUACAUCUAGAGUACUCAAAUGCACUUUUAAGAAGAGUAUCAUUCUGAAAGCCUCAAACAAGAUUUAAAUGAAUGUUCUAAGAGAAUUUAUCGUUUAUUCAUUGAUUUCAGGGAGGAGAAGGCGAUUGAACUCUACAAACAACAAAAAAUUAAAUGCAGAAGUAAGCCACUUUUGUCCAAUAAAUACAGUCACUGCAUUGCAGCUGUUUUUAAAUUUCAAUAAGGCACAGUAGUACUUUUGGAUAUUGAAUAAAAUCUGUAAUCAUACGACUGUAGUUGUAUAAACACUACCACUUUCUGACACCUGUGUGCUGUUCUUCCCUUAGCGCCUGACCCUGAUGUGAGCAGUGACAGCUCCGAGAUGGUUAAAGCCAUUAUACAGACUGUCCAGAACCAGGACAAGGUCCUGAGAGACCUCUACACACACCUCGGGUAAGCAGGGUCUGGGACUGUUCAGUGGACUGUCAUGUCACCAACAGAACGUUGCAGAUAGAAAUGCACUUAAUAAAGCUGACCUGAUUCUUAACUCUGUUAGAGAGGCAUGCGUCUGUUCUAUGCAAUAUAUUUUUUAUCUCAUUCUAAACGUUCUGCAACAAUGUGCCUUACUGCAGAGGUUCCCAAACUGGGGUCCACGGCAGAAGGUCCAGCAGGGGGUACGCGGCCAGAUCUCAAAAUAAAUAUAUAUUUUUUUUUUUCAUGAAUAUUGCUAACAGAUUAAACCAAUUUUGGCCAAGGGAUUUCUAAAAUAAGUUGAGGGUGUAAUGCAAUACUAUGUAAUAUUAAUCUACAGUAUGUUCUUAACCCUGGGCAACAUGGUCCUGGGAGGCUCACAGGGAUAUUGGUAUCCACAGUACUACUUGUAUUCCCCCAAAAUGUUGUUUUUGAACAUAAAUGCACUGUAAAGUAAUCUCUAAAACUGCAAGGUCUCCUCUCUGCCUAUGGCAAAAUGUGUAGCAUUGCAGGAAAUUAGCUUGGGGUCAUGCAGGGCCAUGCUUUCUCUCUAUAUUCAGCUAUUAAUAGGCUACAUUUGGUUAUUAUGGAUUAAAAAGCUGGGUAAUAUAAUUUAGUAAUGCCAGUCAUUACUCUUCUUUAGAAUUGCAUUGUAUUAAUUGCAUACAUUUGUUUCUAAAGUACAGUAUGUCAUUUUGAGAAGAUAUGAAAAUGGGAUGCUGCCUCUGACAAACAUUCCAAAAGAGAUAUUGACAUGGCUACAGUAGGCUAGCCAAGACGAAUGCUAGGUGUCUUUUUGUUACUUUCUUUUUGCAGACUAUCAACAGUAGCCAGCAUAUUGCUAGUAUGUUCACUAUUUAAGGUUUACUUUUGUAAAUCACUUUCCCUAAAAUAAAUAAGCUCAGCGAGUAGAUUGAUGGGUGUUUCUUUUUGCUCAAGACAGCUCGCAUGUGCGGUGUGAAGGCAACUCAUGUACUGCUUGAAGUUGACUCGCGGGUUGCCUGGCUAGCCAAACUCGUUGCUCCAGCCAAACGCUUCGCCACGCCCAUAGAUGUUAGUUUCUCUCCGCAAUGAGUCUGGAUCUGAGUAUCUCCCGACCCUUCACUGAAUGCGAACACAUUCGGGGCUGUCUGAUUGGUCCAGAAACCGAUGGGUUGAGCCAGAACACAUUCGGGGCUGUCUGAUUGGUCCAGAAACCGAUGGGUUGAGCCAGAACACAUUCGGGGCUGUCUGAUUGGUCCAGAAACCGAUGGGUUGAGCCACACGUGGAUAAAGCGGUGGUUUGAAAAUGGCUUCGAUCCAAUCGUUGACAUCUUUGUUUUGUACAACGCCCCUCGUCACCACAAACGACUUCAAUGAUGGCACUCUGACUAAAAUAUGUAGCAAAUGACAGAGCAGCAGCAGAAGAAGUUGGUGUGAGUCGUCAAAUAUAAACACAACAUGUAAAGUGUUGGUGCCAUGUUUCAAAUAUCCCAGAAAUGUUCCAUAUGCACCAGAAUUUGUUUUACAUCCCUGUUAGUGAGCAUUUAUCUUUUGCCAAGAUAAUCCAGGUGUGGCAUGUCAAGAAGCUGAUUAAACAGCAUGGUCAUUACACAGGUGCACCUUGGGCUGGGGACAAUAAAAGGCCACUCUAAAAUGUGCCGUUUUGUCAUACAACACAAUGCCACAGAUGUCUCAAGUUUUGGGGGAGUGUGCAAUUGGCAUUCUGACUGCAGGAAUGUCCACCAGAGCUGUUGCCAGAUAAUUUAAUGUUCGUUUCUCUGGCUUAAGCCGCCUCCAAUGUCGUUUUAGAGAAUUUGGCAGUACGUCCAACCAGCCUCACAACCACAGACCACGUGUAGCCACGCCAGCCCAGGACCUCCACAUCCGGCUUCUUCACCUGCGGGAUCAUCUGAAACCAGCUGAUGAAACUGUGGGUUUGCACAACUGAAGAAUUUCUGUACAAACUGUCAGAAACCGUCUCAGGGAAGCUCAUCUGCGUGCUCGUCGUCCUCACCAGGGUCUUGACCUGACUGCAGUUCGGCAUCGUAACCAACUUCAGGGUGCAAAUGCUCACCUUCGAUGGCCACUGGUACGCUGGAGAAGUGUGCUCUUCACGGAUGAGUCCCGGUUUCAACUUUACCGGGCAGAUGGCAGACUGUGUGUAUGGCGACGUGUGGGUGAGCGGUUUGCUGAUGUCAACGUUGUGAACAGAGUGCCCCACGGUGGCGGUGGGGUUAUGGUAUUGGCAGGCAAGCUACGGACAACGAACACGAUUGCAUUUUAUCGAUGGCAGUUUGAAUGCACAGAGAUACCAUGACGAGAUCCUGAGGCCCAUUGUCGUGCCAUUCAUCCGCCGCCAUCACCUCAUGUUUUAGCAUGAUAAUGCACGCCCCUAUGUCACAAGGAUUUAAGGAUCUGUACACAAUUUCUGGAUGCUGAAAAUGUCCCAGUUCUUCCAUGUCCUGCAUACACACCAGACAUGUCACCCAUUGAGCAUGUUUGGGAUGCUCUGGAUCGACAUGUACGAAAGCGUAUUCCAGUUCACGCCAAUAUCCAGCAACUUCGCACAGCCAUUGAAGGAGUGGGACAACAUUCCACAGACCACAAUCAAUAGCCUGAUCAACUCUAUGCGAAGGAGAUGUCGUGCUGCAUGAGGUAAAUGGUGGUCACACCAGAUACUGACUGGUUUUCUGAUCCACGCCCCUAACUUUAUUUUAAGGUAUCUGUGACCAACCGAUGCAUAUCUGUAUUCCCAGUCAUGUGAAAUCCAUAGAUUAGGGCCUAAUGAAUUUAUUUCAAUUGACUGAUUUCCUUAUAUAAACUGUAACUCAGUAAAACUCUGUUUUAUAUUUUUGUUCAGCGUACAAAUAGCAUGACAUUGUAGUCUUCAAAUCUAUUUUUAUUUGUCACAUGCUUCAUGAACAACCAGUGUAGACUAACAGUGAAAUAUGCUUACUUACGGGCCUUUCCCAACAAUGCAGAGAUAUAAUUGAAAAAUAAUAACACGAGGAAUAAAUACACAAUGAAUAACGAUAACAUGGCUAUAUACACAGGGUACCGAGUCGAUGUGUAGAGUUACAAGGUAAUUGAGGUAGAUACAGUAUGUACAUAUAGGUAGGGAUAAAGUGACUAGGCAACAUGAUAGAUAAUAGACAGUAGUAGUAGCAGCAGCGUAUCUGAUGAGUCAAGAGUUAGUGCAAAAAGGUUCAAUGCAGAUAGUCCUGAUAGGUAUUUGGUUAACUAUUUAACUAACUAUUUAGCAGUCUUAUGGCUUGGGGUAGAAGCUGUUCAGGGUCCUGUUGGUUCCGGACUUGGUGCAUCGGUACCGCUUGCCAUGCGGUAGCAGAGAGAACAGUCUAUGACUUGGCUGGCUGGUGUCUUUGACAAGUUUUAGGGCCUUCCUCCGACACUGCCUAGUAUAGAGGUCCUGGAUAAUAAUAUAAUAAUAAUAUGCCAUUUAGCAGACGCUUUUAUCCAAAGUGACUUACAGUCAUGUGUGCAUACAUUUUUACGUAUGGAUGGCAGGUAGCUCGGCCCCAGUGAUGUACUGUGCCGUAUGCACUAUCCUCUGUAGCGCCUUGUGGUCGAAUGCCAAGCAGUUGCCAUACGAAGUAGUGAUGCAGCCAGUCAAGAUGCUUUCAAUGGUGCAGCUGUGUGACUUUAUAAGGAUCUGCGGGCCCAUGCCAAAUCUUUUCAGCUACCUGAGAGGGAAGAGGCGUUGUCGUGCCUUCUUCACGACUGUUGUGUGUGUGGACCAUGAUAAUUCCUUAAUGAUGUGGACACCGAGGAACUUGAAGCUCUCGACCGCUCCACUAGAGCCCCGUCGAAGUGGAUGGGGGCGUGCUCGGUCCUCCGUUUCCUGUAAUCCACUAUCAGCUCCUUUGUUUUGCUGACAUUGAGGGAGAGAAUGUUGUCCUUGCACCAAACUGCCAGGUCACUGACCUCCUCCCUAUAGUCUGUCUCGUCAUUGGUGAUCAGGCCAACUGCCGUCUACCGUCAACAAACUUUAAGGAUGGUGUUGGAGUCGUACGUGAACAGGGAUUAAAGGAGGGGACUAAGCAUGCACCCCUUGGAGUGGGUCGAGGGUGUCUGGGAUAAUGUGUUGAUGUGAGCAUGAUCAGACUUUCAAAGAAUUUCAUGGCUACAGAUGUGAGUGCUACGGGCAAUAGUCAUUUAGACAGGUGACCUUUGUAUUCUUGGGCACAGGGACUAUGGUGGUCUGUAUGAAACAUGUAGGUAUUACAGACUGUGUCAGGGUAAAGUUUUAAAAUGCACUUGCCAGCUGGUCAACGAAUGCUCUGAGUACACGUCCUGGUAACAGAGUAUGUGAGCGGAGCGAGGAUCGUGCCACAUUUUAUUGGAGAGCAGAGCAAGUUUCCCAAAGGCUGGAGCAUCGACCUUCUUGCACUCUCCAAUUUCGCUUCAGUAGCGCUCCAAGUAGUGCUCACGUCAUGAGCUCAGGGCAUGCCCGGCCCAGCAUGCAUUUGCAGUCUACUUGUGUUCUGCUAUAGCCCUUUGCUUUAGCUACUGUCAUGGAGUUUGCAAAAUAUUUUCAUAAAGAAACUGAUAAAACACACAGGUGCAAAAUCAAGGUGACUUACAAAGAUGAGGAGGACCAAGAGCAAGAAAGGGAGUGUGGUGAUGUAGUGUUCACAACUAAGGAAAUCAUUGUGGAAUCUGAAAAUACACGUAUCCCGAACGCAUGAUGGUGUACUUACUACAUGCACAUGCUAACAGAAAGGAAAGAGGUGGGUAGCUAAGCCAUUGUAGCAAAGUAUUUAUAGACUAAAAAUCAGAUCUCUUAAAAGUUUUGUUCAUUUUCGUUCUGUUAUCUAUGCAAUAGGCCACCAAUGAUUUUGGCCCAAUAGGCCUGGUAUAUUACCUCUUUGAAGGAGUAUUCGGUUUCUCCGCUGCUGGCCUGCUCCCCAGGCACCAUCGCAUGAGCCUCAAGCCACAGACUCUGUCCAAACUCGUGUUUCUAAAAAUGAAUUUGAAGGCACUGAGCCUAACAAGGAAUUUUUUUGUUUAAUUGUAUUUAAUUCUAAGUAAGUCAAAACCUAUAUGCGCAAUUUAGACACUAAUGAUUUAAUACAACAAAAUGUUGUUUAAAUGCUGAGCGCUUAAUGUCCCUGCCAGCCUAGAGUGUCGCACUCUCAAAUGCAUCACAAUGUAUUUAUUUGUAGGCUAUAGCCUUGAAAUAAUAUAGCCUAAAUAAUUCAUUUUCGUUCCUUCUUAGGCUCCCUCUCUGGGUCCUGACCUAUUUAGUGUUUAUAUGCUGUUUAAUAUGACAUGUAGCCUAUUUGAAAUGAUGAGCGCUUCUUACAGUCACCUUUUCAUGUUUAUUAAAAUACUUUUCAUUCAAAUCAUAUAGUUUGGUUUCAAUACUUCUAAACCAAAUGGUAGGUCAAGGUAGUCACAAAAAUAGAUGGGUGUUGGUUAAAUUAUGAUUUUUAAAGAAUGGAGCGAAUUUGGAGCUGCAGGUUUUUUCCCCCUGUGAGCAAGGAACGUUUUUAGUGGAGCGGUUGGAAAGGACGUAGAGUCCCGAUGAGCGGGAUUUCCGACCGCUCCACUCCGCUCACAUACUCUGCCUGGUAAUACGCCUUGUGAAUGUUAACCUGUUUAAAGCUCUUACUCAUCGUCUAUGGAGAGCGAGAUGACACAGUCGUCCGGAACAGUUGGUGCUCACAUGCAUGGUUCACUGUUGCUUGCCUCAAAGUAAGCAUAGAAGGAAUUUAGCUCGUCAGGUAGGCUUGUGUCACUGGGCAGCUCACGGCUGGGUUUCCCUUUUGUAAUCCGUGAUAGUUUGCAAGCCCUACCACAUCCGACAAGCAUCAGAGCCGGCGUAGUAGGAUUCCAUUUUGGUCCUGUUUUGACUGUUUGAUGGCUCGUCGGAGAUCAUAGGGGGAUUUCUUAUAAGCGUCCGGAUUAGUGUCCCGCUCCUUAAAGCGGCAGCUCCAGCCUUUAGCUCAGUGCAGAUGUUGCCUGUAAAUCAUGGCUUCUGGUUGGGAUAUGUACGUAGGGUCACUGUGGGGACGACAUGGUCGAUGCACUUAUUAAUGAAGCUGGUGACUGAGUUCGUACUCCUCAAUGUUAUCGGAUGAAUCGCUGAACAUAUUCCAGUCUGUGCUAGUGAAACAGUCCUGUAGCUUAGCAUCCGCUUCAUCGGACCACUUCCACGUUGAGCGUGUCACUGGUACUUCCUGUUUUGAGUUUUUGCUUGUAAGCAGGAAUCAGGAGGACAGAGUUAUGGUCAGAUUUGCCAAAUGGAGGGCGAGGGGAGAGCUUUGUGUGCGUUUUCUGUGUGUCUUCAAUGGUAGCGACAGAGCAGGUAAAUGUUGAACUGGAAUGCCAAAAUGCGCUGAAACGUUACUGUCCUAACAUGUUUCUAUUGGCCCCGGGCCAUCGUUAAUGUCGGACCCUGCACGCAAAAGAAAAUAAAUGAAUAUGCCAGAAAACAGUAGGCUAAGUGGAUUUCCACUCAUUGUUACCACAUUAUAUGGGAAGUGCAAAUUCACUCACAUUAUAUGGGAUGUGCAAAUUCAUGCUCUCUCCCUCGACUGCAACCACGGCACACUCAACGCAUACACCCAGGUACCGAGAGGCGGGACAGACAGCAGACCGUCAAACCAGCAGUGUUUCACUAUCAUCGCUCACUUUGUGACUGACAGGUGCCUGACCUAUCGAAAGAUCGCUAGAAGAAGCAUAUCAUUCAUUCUAGCGGGAGAGGGCUCGGCAGACUUUUCUGACUAGCGAAUUGAAAAGUAGCCUAUUUAAUUUAAGUGGAAAACACUGUUUACCUUCUGUUUCCCCAUGCAGUAAGAUCUUAUUGAGCAAGCAGAAGAUCAUUGACCUGUUCCCGCGCAUCGAGAAGACACUGGAGAACAUCAAGGAUGCCGACAACACAGUGAUGCAGAUGCAGAUUAAGAGACAGAGAGAGUUCUGGCACCUAUUGAAGAUUGCCUGUGUGAGUGAUUGAAAGGUUUUAUCUAUAGAACUUCAGUAAUGUUAGUCAUAAGAUCAUGAAGUCAAAUAACUUGGGUUAUUUUAAGUAAUGUGCAAUUGACCCUUUGCUAUGCCACGCCCCAGAUUUAUGGGCAACCAAUCGUUGGUUGGACACAAGCUAAUCUUGAUCGUGUCCGACCAGCCUCGAAUAGUUUUAAAUGCAUGGAAGCCAAUGAUGGCAAUGGCAAAAACAGAGUUUAUCAAAAAAUUGUUUAAAUGGCUAAAUAAUUUAACAGUGCACCAGGGGUACUUGCGACUGUGAUUCCUAAAAUGCAGAGACCGUUGGGGUAUUCUUCCGAGUCUGAAAUUAUACUUUUGUUCCAUAACUUUUGUUCCAUUGUUUGCUAGCUGGGUAACUAGCUACACUAGCACUAGCCUCCAUUGAAAAUGCUAGCUAGCUAUCCAUUAAAGUUGCACUAUGCAGAAAUCGCUCUGCCCAUUUCCUCGUUGCUAAAACUCUAAUAGUUCGCCUAAUUUCAAUUUAUGUGACAAAAUAAGAUGGUAUAGAGAAUCAUUGUACCAUCUAAACCGUUGCUAAAUAUAUUUUCCAUAACCAAAACUAUUGUUUCAGCUGGUUAAAGCUGGUGUACAAAACCGAAAAUAAGACGCAUAAAUGAAACUUAAGAACGUGAAGCAUAGAAAUAACGCACAUAGAACAGAUCUACCACUUCUUAGCCUUGUUUUCAAGUAGAAUGAUAGAUCUAUAACUCACAUUUCUAUGUGAAUUUGGUCAGGUCGACCAAAACGUUACAUUGCCACUUUAAAAUAACUUGUUUUCUAUAUAUAUAUUUUAGCUAGUUAAGCUAGCUAUAUUAUGAAUUUAACUCCUAUUAUCGACAUCAUAUAAUACGAUCUGAGGGCACUAAUUAGCUCCAAGAGUGGUUAGUAUCUUUAACUGCAUGCUGACAGUUUAUUCAGAACCAUCCAGUGUCUAGCCACACUAAAAACUUAAUUUUACCAUGUUCCUGUGAAGCAAUUCUUAUGACAGUCCACCACAACAUACCAGGGGGUCUCCUGAUUAGCAAGGGACAGUCUGUGCUUAAUUUGUGUAUUAAAAACACAGUUUGAGAUCAUUGUGAGGGACUUUCUCCACUAGUUUGGAGAAUUGGGCUUCCUAGGAAAAUGUCUGAGGUUGCAACAGUAACAUUUUUAAAAAUGUUUAGUCAUUUAGCAGACGCUCUUAUCCAGAGCGACUUACAGGAGCAAUUAGGGUUAAGUGCCUUGCUUAAGGGCACAUCGACAGAUUUUUCACCUUGUCGGCUCUGGGAUUAGAACCAGGGACCUUGUGGUUACUGGCACAACGCUCUUACCCACUAAGCUACCUGCCUUAGCCUUGACUUAGCAAAGGGUACAUUUUCUUUAGAAUUCACUUAGCUAGGUCAUAAUGUGAACAUGUGUUCUAUAUAAGUAAUGGCAUUUGUCUUCUCCCAGGCUCAGAACUCGACAAGGAACUCGAUAGCAGCCAGCCCAGAGUCGUCCAACCCCCUGCAGGUGUCCCAGUGGGCCCAGUCUGCCCAGCCCAUCAGCGCCCCUCACCCUCUCACCUCCCUACCUGGACCCAAUGACAGGUACUGGUCUAUACAGCAGACAGGAGGGGUUUAUGUGUUAUGUAGCGGACUGAAAAGAAUGUCCUUCGUACAGUAUGUGACUUAUUCUCUCUCCUCCCCACCCCCAUCCAGUGAUGCUGCCCCACGACUGCUUCAAGAGAACCAGAAGUACCUCAGUCAGCUGACCAGCCUAAUGCAGGAAGCUGCUGACGAGCAGUCCAAAAGCGUAGUG